UCGGCUGCUUCUGUCUGUCAGAUUGAACAUGGCGGCCUCCUCAGCUUCACGUGAGCCGUUCACGCAGGGGAGUGAGCGCCCGGUGCUGAACAGCUGGCCCGUGCUGCAGAUAGCAGUGGAUAAUGGAUUUGGGGGCGUGUACGGGCAGCAGAAAGCCGAUUGGCUGGUGGAUGUGGUCCAGCAGUAUUUCCAUGACAACGCUGACCUGCAGCAGUACGAGGUCGAGGACUUCAUCUCUCAGCUGAUGGAUCAGGAGUUCGAUACAGUGGUUGAUGAUGGAAGUUUACCUCAGGUGUCCAAGCAGCUGAUACAGAUGUUCAGUCAGUGGAAGCAGGGGGCGCUGCAGCAGCUCUCACAUACUGUCCAAUCACUGACACAGAAGAAAACUCAGAGGGCAAAGGUCCACGGCCCCCGCCCACCCGAGUCCGACCAGGAGAGCGAUGAGGAAACGCAGAUGGAGUGUGAAGCAUCCAGUCCAUCAGUCAGCAAACAGACAGAUCAUCCUCCUCCUCCUCCUCCCUCUCAGGACGAAGAGGACGGAUGGACAGUGGUCCGUAAGAAGAAGUGAAGAGGAGGUCAGAAAGGGAAAAUGAACUGUUGAACUCAGAGAAUGAACCAGCUGACCUUUGACCUACAUGAUGGGACUUUGUGUGUGUUUGUUUUUUUAAAUAUCCUCCACCUCCUCCUGACACCAUAUUUAUAUAUUAUACCCAAACUGCUAAGAGGUCAGACCCGAAUCUUUUUUUAACCAGAUUCUGGUUUCUGUUGUUUUGUAUUAAAACUGUAGAAGCUGCUGUCAUGUGUGCCGUGUGAUGUCAUUAUACUACAUGAGUUACUGUACUAUUA